AUGUGGGUAGUUGAACCAAACUCACCUCCCAGCCUCUCUGCUGCCUUGUCCGCCAGGAGACACUCCCAGGAAUCCAGCAACUUGGAGUCCCCACUGAUGUAUGAGGUCUGCGCACCGCAGCAGGGCAGCACCAGCGGCGGCUGGAGAGGCGGCCUGGGGAGUUCCAUCACAGCGUGUAAGAAGGUUCUUCGAAGCAACAGUCUGCUAGAGUCUACAGACUACUGGUUACAGAAUCAGAGGACGCCAUGCCAGAUUGGUUUUGUGGAAGACAAGUCUGAAAACUGCGCUUCCGUUUGCUUCGUGAACCUGGAUGUGAACAAGGAUGCGUGCAGCACGGAGCACCUGCAGCAGAAAUUGGUCAACGUUUCACCAGAUCUUCCAAAACUUAUCAGCUCCAUGAAUGUCCAGCAGCCAAAAGAAAAUGAAAUUGUUCUUCUAAGUGGGUUAACAUCUGGAAAUCUCCAAGCAGAUUUUGAAGUUUCACAGUGUCCUUGGCUGCCAGAUAUCUGCUUGGUCCAGUGUGCGAGAGGGAACAGGGCAAACAGUACCAACUGCAUCAUCUUUGAAAUCAACAAAUUUUUGAUCGGUCUGGAACUGGUGCAGGAACGGCAGCUCCAGCUGGAAACAAACAUCCUGAAGGUGGAAGAUGACACAAACUGUUCCCUGUCUUCAAUUGAAGAAGACUUUCUCACCGCAUCGGAGCACCUGGAGGAGGAAACUGAGGGGGAAGAAUACAGGAAUGGUUAUGAAAAUAUAAAUGCCUCCGCUCAUGUUUUGGAAAGUAAAAAACCAAAGGAAGUCACUCAGGAGGAAUGGAAUGACAACAAGAAAAAGUUGCUUUAUCCUUCGGAAGACAAAUGCAUUAGCAGAUCUCAUACCACAUUGAUUAAAGCAGAAGGAUCUCUGGAAAAAGUAGAAGGCACCAUUUUACAGAGCCUCGAUUCAUCAGCCGAGCCAUCAGAGUGGACAGGCAAAGCUUUGCAGAAUGAGAAGCCAGCCAGAAAUUACUAUUACUCAGAAAGUUAUAAAGGGCAUGUGGAAAAGUCACAGGCACCAUAUAUUCCAGGGGAUGUUCAUUUCCCUGGGAUGGUUAAGAAAGGUGGGCCUUCCGUGCACGGUACCCUCACUGAGCAUGGCAGCAGCUUAGACCCAGGGGACCCUGAAGACGGCACAAACUCUCUUCCUCCCCACCAAGAUGGAGAAGUCACCGCUGGGGAGUAUGCCACAAAUUUAGCAGAAUCCGUGCUACAGGAUGCGUUUAUUCGGUUAUCUCAGUCGCAGCCUACGCCACCCCAGGAAUCUGCAGUCGGUGUUUCUGUAGGGAGCGCUCUGCUACCCAGUGGCUGUUCCACAAAAGGUAUGGUGGUCCCACGGUCAUGGAAUGAGCUCCCCAAAAUCGUCAUCGUUCAGAGUCCAGAUGGCAGCGAUGCUGCCCCUGAGGCAGGCAUCUCCUCGUGGCCUGAGAUGGAAGUCUCUGUUGAAACCUCAGGGGUCCUCUCUGGAGAGAACUCCGGCAGACACCCUCAGAGCGCUCUGGAAGUUGCGUUAGCUUGCGCGGCCACUGUGAUUGGAACUAUUUCCAGUCCACAGGCCACAGAGAGACUUAAAAUGGAGCAAGAAUCUUUGGUUUCACCCCGUCCACUGGGAGGCAGUGACCACCUGCAAAGUCAAAUAUCCCAAGUCCUCAAGGAACCUUCUGUCAGCGAAUACUCCUUUCCAUCUGCCUUGUGUGGCAUGACCCAGGUGGCGAGCGCCAUUGCUGUUUGUGGCCUCGGCGAAUCGGAAGAGGCGAAGGCUCCGGGUGGCCUCUCGUGUGCAACUGAGGCUCAUGCAGCAGUCCCCCCACUCUGCGGUUUGGCGACAGGGAGCAGCAUGGAGCUGGGAAGCGAGGCCAUCGCACAGGUAUUACUCCAGGAGGCUGCGCUGGUUUUAACAAGGCCCGACCCCCACAGCAGCAUCGGAGACCUCAUGGAAUCAGUGAACGGGAGAAUCCUAGAAACGGCUUCAAAGCCUCAGACCCUGUGCUCAGAAAACGUCCUCAGGAAUGAGCUGGCACAGACCCUCUCCAAUGUUAUUCUGGAGCAUUCCAUUGAUGAAGCUCUCCAGAGAAACAGAACAAGUGAUCCCAAUGUUAGCAGACAUUCAUCUGAGACUCUUGAGACCUUGAUGGAAAGUACAAACCAACUGCUCUUCAGUGUGAUAUGCUUCACAUUCAAGAAGAUGAGGCAUUUUGUACAGCUUGGUGAAUGGCCCACUGUCCUUGCUAAUGAGACCAUCAGAUGGAGGGAAACGGACUUAGGCUGCCAGCCACCUGAUCAGACUGCUAGUCUAGCGUGGACAAGAGCCACUGAACAUUCCAGCGGCCAGCCACUUGGUGGCAAUCCACAGAGUACCAGUCUUGUUACCAAUGAUCUUCUAGAUGACAUUUAUCUGAAGCAAGAUAGGAGGGGCCCAGCAAAGCUAGGCCUCUUCAAGAAUCCCACGCUGCAAUCUGAAUUGCCCUGUAGUCCCAGGGGGCCAGAUUCUUCACCUGCUAAAACACCCCCCAAGGAAAUAGAUCUAAAAGUAACAGUGGGAGAAGAUCCAGACAAGCCUCAUCAGACACCCAGUUACAAUGAGAAUGAGUUCAGAGCCUCUUCAGAGAGAGAGAGGACGCUGACAGUGGGCAAGUACAGCAGAGGUUCCCAGGAUGCCAAGGACAGUGUCCGUAUAAACGCCCAGGAGAAGUAUAAUCAUACCUCACGUCUGAACAGUGAAAUUCAAGUUAACCUGUCUUUGUUAGGGAAUGACUUCCCCCUUCCUGCUCAAUCCACGCUACAGGCAAAACAUGCAGACCUAUACUGCAUUACAGACUUUGCGGAAGAAUUAGCAGAGAUGAUCGUCUCCAUGGCAACCGAAAUCGCAGCAAUUUGCCUUGACAACUCCAAUGGAAAACAACCCUGGUUUUGUGCAUGGAAAAGAGAGAAUGAGUUUCUGGUUACCCCGAACGUAUCCUGCCGAUCCUUGAAGAGGAAGAAGGAAAGCCAGACCAGCGGGGCCACAGUGAGGAAGCACAAACCACCACGGCUCAGCGAGAUCAAGAGGAAAACGGAUGAGCACCCGGAGCUUAAAGAGAAGCUAAUGAACAGGGUGGUGGACGAGUCCGUGAACCUUGAGGACAUCCCGGAUUCGGUCAGUGUUUUUGCAGACGAAGUGGCAGCCAAGAUCAUGAACCUAACAGAGUUCUCCGUGGUGGACGGCGUCUGGCAAGCCCAGAGCUAUCCCCGGAACCGGUUACUCAGUGGAGACAGGUGGAACCGGCUGCAGGCUUCCAGCUGUGAAAGCAUUCCAGAGGAGGACUCCAACGCCAGGGCCUACGUAAAUAGCCUGGGUUUCAUGAGUACCCUAAGUCAGCCAGUUAGCAGGGCCAGCUCUGUCUCCAAGCAGUCCAGCUGCGAGAGCAUCACUGAGGAGUUUUCCAGGUUCAUGGUGAACCAGAUGGAAAAUGAAGGAAGAGGGUUUGAGUUAUUGCUGGAUUACUAUGCAGGCAAGAAUGCCAGCAGCAUCCUGAACUCAGCCGUGCAACAGGCGUGCCGUAAAAAUGAGCACCUCAGCGUGAGGCCAAGCUGUCCCUCUAAGCAGUCCAGCACCGAGAGCAUAACAGAGGAAUUCUACAGGUACAUGCUGAGGGACAUCGAAAGAGAAAACAAGGACAGCACGUCCUCCAGACGAAGCAGCCAGGAUUGGACAGUUGGCCUACUGUCACCUUCUCUGCGAUCCCCCUUGUGUUACAGACAGUCAUCCAUGCCAGAUAGCAGACCCCUGGGUGCCAGGCUAACGGUGAAUGCGCCCAUCAAAGCCAGCUCCUUAGAUGGCUUUACUCAAAACAGCCAGCAAGAUUUCCUAAGUGUACAUCCAGUCAGUAGCACUUCCUCAUCGGGUCUCUGCAAAUCUGACUCUUGCUUGUAUCGGAGAGGUGGAACCGACCAGAUCACCAACAUGUUAAUUCACGAGACGUGGGCAAACUCCAUCAAGGCCCUCAUGCGAAAGAACAAAAUUAUAGCGGAUGAUGCUGAGGCAGCUGAGCCUGUUCCUGGUGGCUCUCCCAGGCAAACGGAGAGAUGUGCAAACAGAUCAUCUUCGAGCAGGGCGCAAAGUGGGCCUGCUCUUCUGGCGCAGGAGUCCAUCGAUAACCCGAGGAAAGACUCCAUUACCGAAAGCAAGCAUCCCCCAGUGUCAGCUCGGAGCAAAGCUUUUCCUCUUACAAACCACAAUGGUUUAGAUUCUAAAAAGGAAACGUCUUCAUGCCAUGGGUCUGUCCCUGUAAGCCACAGCAGGUGGUCCCUGUGUGCCAGGGAUGUACCUUUAAUUCAAAUUGAAACAGAUCAGAGAGAAGAGUGUGUUGGAGAACCUGAACACUUCUCUUCCAAAAGCAGCCCCCUAGAGGAAGCAGAGGAACAUUUGAAAGAUGGAAAAGUCCCCCAUGUGACGAGGGAUGGAGACACUGCCGAGAGUGCCUGCCAAAACCCCAGUGCCGGCCUUGAUGUAGCAGAGGCGGAGGUGUCCGCAGAAGGCAGAGCCCCCGAUGAGUUUCCCAACCUUCCCAGCAGCAGUGGGGAGAGCACGGACAGCUGGUCCCAGCUCACCAACGAGGAGGACAAUCCACAUGAUACCAGUAGCUUUCUUCAGCUCAGCGAGCGAUCCAUGAGCAAUGGCAACAGUAGUGCCACUAACAGUCUUGGCACUGUGGACCUGGACAUUUAUCAGGAAAGCAUGCCAUCUUCUCCCAUGAUUAAUGAAUUAGUAGAAGAAAAGGAGACUCUUAAAGGACAGUCAGAAAACGUAGAGGAAGGCGCCUCUGGAGUGCAGGUGGGAGCGGCCAGUCCCCAGGGGAGCCUGCUGGUGAUCAACUUUGACCUGGAGCCAGAGUGCCCUGACACUGAGCUUCGAGCCACUCUGCAGUGGAUAGCAGCCUCUGAACUUGGGAUCCCCACCAUCUACUUUAAGAAAUCUCAGGAAAACAGAAUCGAAAAGUUUCUAGAUGUCGUGCGGCUGGUUCAGCAGAAGUCUUGGAAAGUGGGAGACAUCUUUCACGCGGUUGUUCAGUACUGCAAAAUGCAUGAGGAGCAGAAGGAGGGGACCCCGAGUCUCUUUGACUGGCUCUUGGGACUGGGAUAG